AUGGUUUACCCAGCUAUCGAGGUGGCAGUCACCACUGUUGAAAAUCACACAAUCGAAGAUGAAACUACCGAAGAUGGAAAGAAGUAUCAGAGGGCCUUCUAUGAAGCCGCCACUACCAUUCCUGGCUGCUCCCGCGGCUGCUGGGGUAGAAGUGACAAGUACCCAGAGAAGGUUAUCCACUUCAUUGACUAUGGCACCCGCAAAGAGCAUGAUGUUCACAAGGCUCUCAUCAAUGGACCAACACCGCCAGUCCUCUUAGACAUUCAGAGUGAUACCAAUGUCUACGUUAUUCAUCCGAACACCAAUGAUCGCAAUAAAGUUUACUAUGCUCCGUAUACAACAAAGUGGACUGAAGUUGCGCCUGAAUUCUUUGCAGCUGUUGCAAAGUCUGAUGGCUGUACUGGAUACAUCUGGGGUGAAAUAGAUAAACCAGUUCUCACCGAUUACCACGGCUAUGCCUCGCUGGGAAGUGGUAAAUGUGGAGUUCUUGCAGCUGGUUGGCGCAGCAAGGCCCACCGCGAUCACGACCUUGGACGUGAAAGAGCUGUAAACGCUUGGGAUGCGAUCCAGAAGGCCUGUGUUAAGACGGAUGGGUGGGGAACCACCCUUAGAGUUACUGAGAAUACCGGCCAUAUUCAUCGUUGGACAACACCACUGCCUCUCAAAGAUCACACUGACUGGCUACCUGCAGCUGGCAUGAUCCAAUAA